UCACAAAUUCAAACUUGGGCGGGAGGUGUCUCAGAGAAACGGUUGUGAGGAGAGACGUAGACUAUACCGGGAGGGAACGCAGGCCUCUAACGGGAACUUCGCCACAUGCACUGUCCCUGGAAUUGACCGGAGAGCAGAAACGGCCGGAAGAUGGCGGCCACAAUGAUAAACCUUCGUAACCUCUUUGAGCAGUUAAUGCGACAAGUGGAGGGCCUUAAUGAGGGAAUAGAGCCACAGUUCAUUCAACUUGCUAAGAACUUUGAAGAUUUUCGUAGAAAAUGGCAAAGAACAGAGCAAGAGCUGAUUAAGAGCAAAGAGAUACUGACAAAGACGGAAACGGAGCGCAGUGCAUUGGAAGUUAAGCUAAAGCAUGCUCGCAAUCAGGUGGAUGUGGAGAUUAAGAGAAGGCAACGAGCUGAGGCAGAAUGUGAAAAGCUGGAAAGACAGAUUCAGCUCAUCAGGGAACUACUGAUGUGUGAUCCGUCAGGUAGCAUUCAGCUCAGUGAGCAGCAAAAAAGCGCUUUAGCUUUCCUCAGCAACAGGACUCAUUUGUCCGCUGAUGGCAAUGGUACAAGGAGACUGUCCACGAUAGAUGAAUCUGCUUCCAUUCUGUCGGACAUCAGCUUUGACAAGACUGACGACUCCUUGGACUGGGACUCAUCUCUUGUGCGAAAUGUGAGGUUGAAAAAGAGAGAGAAACGGCGGUCAUCAAGACAUCAUGUUGAAGGACCCCCAGUUCCAUCAAAGAGAACACGUUCUUUUGGGCUAGCAAUUGAUCCGGCUAAUGACUCAAUAGUGGCAAAGACAACUGUUACUGUUCCAAAUGAUGGAGGUCCCAUUGAAGCUGUAUCAACUAUUGAGACUAUACCAUACUAUACACGGAGUCGUAAGACGGCCCAAUUACAGCCCUGGGGUAGUGACUCCAGUUUAAUGAGCAGACAGCACGAUGAUAGAAUUGAAACUGACAGCUGCAAAACUCCACAAGGUGCAGGGAUGCGGCUGCAUGAUUUUGUGUCAAAAACGGUGAUCAAACCAGAGUCGUGUGUCCCAUGCGGUAAACGAAUCAAAUUUGGAAAGAUAUCCUUGAAGUGUCGGGAUUGCCGUGUUGUAUCCCACCCAGAGUGCCGUGACAGAUGCCCCCUCCCAUGCAUACCUUCAUCUGGAGGUACACCAAUGCGGAUAGGAGAGGGGUCCCUUGCUGACUUUGUUCCACAUAGUUCCCCAAUGAUACCUCCUGUUGUGGUUCACUGUGUUAGUGAAAUUGAGCAGAGAGGGCUGAAUGAGACUGGACUUUAUCGAAUUUCUGGCUGUGAUCGGACAGUGAAAGAUCUGAAGGAAAAGUUUUUAAGAGGGAAGAGUGUUCCUCUACUUAGCAAGGUGGAUGACAUACAUGCCGUAUGUGGAUUCCUCAAAGACUUCUUGCGCAAUCUUAAAGAGCCUCUACUUACUUUCCGCUUAAAUAAAAUGUUCAUGGAAGCAGCUGAAAUCACUGAUGAGGGCAACAGCGUUGCUGCUGUUUAUCAAGCUGUAGAUGAGCUGCCGCCAGCCAACAGAGACACUUUGGCUUUCUUGAUGAUCCACCUCCAAAGGGUUUCACAGAGUCCAAGCUGUAAGAUGGAUGUAACUAACUUGUCAAAGGUGUUUGGGCCAACCUUGGUUGGUCAUGCUGUACCUGAUCCUGACCCCAUGACACUUUUACAUGAUACUAAACGCCAACCAAAGGUUGUUGAACGGCUAAUGUCAUUACCAGCGGAAUACUGGAACCAGUUUAUGAUGGUUGAAAAUAUAGACCCUAAUAUCAUCGAAAAUACCAAUGUUUUCAACACUCCUCACACUCCAGAUAUGAAAGUAAGCAUGCUGGGACCGCUCACUACGCCUGAGCAGCAAAUUUCCAAAACCCCUUCUUCAAGCUCCCUCUCCCAGAAGAUGCGGUCCACUCUAGGCAAAAACACUCCAAAGUUUGGAAGCAAAAGUAAAUCUGCAACCAGCAUUACGAGACAAGGGAACUUUUUUGCCUCUCCCAUGUUGAAAUGAGUAGCACAGCCUUAUCUAGAGAAAGCUGAACAGAACACUGUGCCUUUUAUUGUAUACA